UCUUUAACUUCUCUCUGACUGAGCACACACACACACACACACUCUCUCUCUCACACACACACAGGACUCCCUCUCAGCCCUGCACAUGCGAGAAGAACAGCAAACUGUGCUCAUCCGAUUACAUAAUGACCCAGUAACAGUGAGCCAGAACCGGUACUGCCAGUGCCAGUGUGCUGGGAGACACUGACUGACCGCUGGUUAGACCUCAGCCGGGCCUCUCUUCUCCUGACGGCGUCUCACGUUUGUUUUUUUCUUUUCUUUUCUUUUCUUUUCUUUUUUAAUAGCAACAAAAAAAAAAGAGUAUGAGAUGACAGCGACGUAGAGGGACCGGCAAAGAAAAAGCAAUGUGAUGUCCAAGUUCUCCAGCUGUCAGCAAGUGCGCGUUGAGCGUCCUCUCCUUUUUGUUUUGUUUUUUUUUGCCAGCCUUCUUUUGUCACUUUCUGUCUUUUUCACAUGUCUGCAGCACAGCGAGGCUGAUCGAACCGUGACGUUUUCAAAGUGAACUCCUGUUACAAGUCAGCAGAAAGCGCCAGCCAUGACCUCAGCCACUCCACCCUCCUCUGAGGGCUCCUCCCCUCAGAAAGUGUGCCACUCCCAGACGCAGACCGACAUCACCAAGCCCCUGCUGGGCUCCACGGGGGGGACUGGAGGUGCUGGUGCAGGUGGAGGAGGAGGAGGAGGAGCGGUGGCUGGAGGGCCCAAUGCUCUGCGACGGAGGCGCCGCGUCCUCUCCAAAGACGGACGGAGCAAUGUGCGCAUCGAGCACGUAAGCGGACGAGGGGCGCUGUACCUCCGCGACCUCUGGACGACGUUCCUGGACAUGCAAUGGCGCUACAAGUUCUUCCUGUUCUCUGCCACCUUCGCUGGGACCUGGUUCGUGUUUGGUGUGCUUUGGUACCUGGUGGCAAUGGUGCAUGGAGACCUGCUGGAGUUCGACCCCCCCUCCAACCAUACCCCAUGUGUAAUGGAGGUGAAGACCCUGACAGGAGCCUUCCUCUUCUCUCUCGAGUCUCAGACCACAAUUGGCUACGGCUUCCGGUGCAUCACCGAGGAGUGUCCCGCCGCCAUCGUCCUGCUCAUCUUUCAGCUGGUCAUCACCAUGGUGAUGGAGAUCUUCAUCACGGGAACCUUCCUCGCUAAGGUCGCUCGUCCCAAGAAGAGAGGUGAGACGGUGAAGUUCAGUCAACACGCGGUUGUGUCAAAUCACGAGGGUCGGCCCUGCCUCAUGAUCCGAGUGGCCAACAUGCGCAAAAGCCUGCUGUUGGGAUGCCAGGUGACGGGGAAGUUGCUUCAGACGUCCCUGACGAAGGAGGGCGAGACGGUGCGGCUGGACCAGCGCAACGUGCCUUUCCAGGUGGACACGUCCAGCGACAGCCCUUUCCUCAUCAUCCCCCUGACUUUCUACCACACCAUUGAUGAAAACAGCCCCCUCAGGGCCUGGGCGGCAAAAGGUGGUGGCUGGACCGACCCAGAGCUGGCCGACUUUGAGCUGCUGGUGAUCAUGAGCGCCACGGUUGAGCCGACCUCGGCCACCUGCCAGGUCCGGACGUCCUACCUCCCAGACGAGAUCCUCUGGGGCUACGAGUUUCCCCCCGUCGUCUCCCUGUCGCCCUCUGGAAAAUAUGUGGCCGAUUUCGCCUUCUUCGACAAGGUGGCCAAAACCAAAACCCCGCCCCUCUUCAAGCAGUCCCUGCCACCGAGCCCGCCGUCGCAGGCGUCACGUUACAAGGGUGGCAAGGAGGACGGGAAGGACCCCGAGAAGAUGCGACUAGAAGAGACCUACAGGGGGGAGGAGAAGGGGCGAGAAAGGGGACGCAUGAGAGAUAGCAGCCCGCUGAGUGUGCGUAUUAGUAACGUGUGAGGGAAGACAGAGAGACAGGAAGCGGUUGUGGAAAGUUGAUGUGAAACUGAGAUACGGUAAAGCGAGAGGAAAGAAAGAAAAAAAAACAACAAACAAGCUGCUCAACAGUCACUUAGGUAACACAGCUCCCUCACUUGUACAUGAAACACUCACAAUACGCAUAUAUGUACUGUGGAAAGUUGAACACCUUGGCCCCCUUAACCACACACACAGACACGCCGCCAAGGUGCUACUGUAACCACAAGUCUGUAGAGGACACACUUGAGGAUAUUUGUGCCUGCAACCAACCCUCGGAGAGAGCAAGUCACAGGCUCAACAUGUACAAAUGUACAGCACCAAAUCAAGUCAUCCAUGUUCUAUACUUACCCGUGUUUGUAUUUUUUGGAAAGAACUUGGUUUGAUAACUGGAGGAUACUCAACGCUGCAAAAAAAUCUCCACCCGUCAGGUAAUUUCCAGUAUGUGUAAUUAAGCCCAGUGGGGCCAGAAAUAACUCCACCUGCUUCCAGUAGAAAUCAACAUGCGUGAAGAGUUUUCGCUAAAUGAGUGACUCAUUUAAAUGUGUCUCAGUAUACUGGUACUGACCAGGAUGUUUAAAAAGGAAAUAUCGAUAUUAUGUUUAAUGAUACAGAUCUGUUUCCAUACUCACUUCGUCUUAGCUUCCAAAAACAAUGGCUAAAGAGUGCAAUGUGUUAACUAUUGUUUUCUUGUGACAGCCCUAGUCUCUCUCUUGAACCAGGCAACGAUAGGAAAAGUCUGAUUUCAGAAAAUAGAAAAUGCUGGUAUCUAUUGGAAGCAGGUUAAAAUAUUCUCACCAUACUUCCCGUCCAAUUUUAGGAAAGUAAGAACCCGGUUAUAGGCAAACUAACCUAGCGAGAGGAUUUUUGCAGUGUACUUGAAGGUCUGACAUGUUAAUCACUGAAUCAGAGUACUGUCUUUUUUUCUCCUUUUGUUUUUAAAUUAAUAAAAUACCUGCAACAGGUGGCGAAAAUACUGGAACCAUAUUUUUUUAACAAAGUUUUUAAAGGAAUGUAUCAUAUUAUUAUGUACCCAGUAGUUUCUAACAACCUCGUUAUGUGCUGCGCUCCGAAAACAUUGCGGCAUCUGGUAUGAAUGUUCUUUUUCUCGUUGACUGGGCUAAAUGUCUUUCGUAAUAUUACUAAACGCACUUUAACUUGAAAGAAAAGCGGCAUUUCACACACAAGGGGAAUAACUGAACUAACUUUAAUGCACUGUAAUACAUGAUUUGAACAUUUUGUAGUUAUGUUUGGGGCUUGUGAUGCGUUUUUCAUGCUUGAAAAUGGGUACUGUUGUGAGUGUGAUAACACGGUUUGUAUGAACUUUUUUGUGAACUGCCUUACAUUUCAUGUACAGUAUGUGCGUGUGUGUCAAUGUACCUCUGUACAGUGUAUAAACAUAUUUUUCCUACAUUCUUCAUUUCUAUAUAUACUGACAUCUGACACACAACUCCACAUUUUAAAUAUACCAUAUUAACUGUUCUUAAUGCACAAUGUUAUAUCUGUAAUGUACAGUCCACUCAUCUUUUUACUGCUGUAAUAUUUUUAUUUUUUUUUAUAUAUGGUGGUAAUGAAAGUACCUGUGGAUUCUGCCAAUGUGUCUAAUCACCUGCCUCCUUGUAUUAGAUGAGCACAUAUAUUUGGCUAAAAUGACAUUUUACUCUCUAUAGAAAUGGCGACAGACGCAUCAAAAUUUAAUCAUAUUAUGGUACCUGUUCAAAGGGACUAAUUAAGCUCCUUAAUGUUAGUGUUAAAAAAAACAACAUUUAAAUUUUAAGUAAAUUAAUCAGGAAUUCAUCAAAAACAAUUUAAAGAUAUAUAUUUAUAUAAAUAUAUAAAGAUAGAGAUAGAUUGAAUCCUUUUCUUUAUUUCAAGGCUUAUUUGUUUGAAUGGCCACAAAGCAUGGUAUAAAAAAUGUAAUAUAUGAUAUACGUGAUGAUUUGUUACAAAUUUGUGAUCUUGAUAAUAACUUUGAGAUUAAGUGCCAUGGUUCAAAUGAAGUCCUUAUCUGCUCCAGAUGAGCCCUUUGAGAACAUUUAUUAUGUUUCUGUUUCACAGUUUCACUGUCUGGUGAGUGGUUCUGCUUUUUUUAUACUGUACAGCCUGCUUUAUAUUGAUCAUGGUACUCAAAGCUCAUCGGUCUAACUUUUUAAGUAAGCACUUUUUAAGUGGCUCUUUUAAUAAAUGAAUUAUUUACAACACGUCUGUCUGUGUUUUCCAUUUAAAGUAAAUGGUUCCUGUUUUAACUGCUUCCACAGGCGAAUGAUACAGGUGAAAGACUGAGGACUUAUGGAGUAUUUUAUAUUAUUGAGCUUUUAAUUGCAAUAAUUUCACUGAAAGGAGUUCAUGUUUGUGUGUCGGUGGCCAGCCUGGACAAAAGGACGUAAAACGAAUUAAGAUUGUUGUAGAUUAAAACUACAAUUUAUAAAACAAGAAGAUUUCCAUAUUAUCACUGAACUGGCACCUUUUUAUCCAGUGUUAACCUAGCUAGACUUAGCCUAAAAAUGGCAGUUUAAAUAUCACAGUAACUAGCAUUUAGCUAAUAACAGUAGCCUAAUGUUAGCUGAAUGCUAAGUUAGCUACUACUAGCUAAAAGCUACUGGAGUUGCAUUGCAGUUGUAACAGGGAUAGCUGUUAAAAAGCUGUGCUAGCAUGUGAGACUUCAUUUUAGAGAAGCGAAUUCUUAAGAUAUGGCCAGAAUUUUAGUUUACUUAGGUUAACACACUAACCAGUUAGCCAAAGUCCAUCCUUAUUAAAUUGUCCGGAUGUUCAAAUUCUGGCCAUAUUGUACAAAUAUACCCUUUAAUGCUAUGAAUAAAGUUAAUUAAAUUGGUCAAGAGCAGUUUUAAUAAAACCUAUUUUCAUAUAUAAUGAGAGACACAAAUAAUAAUCCAGUUAAAUGUAAUAUUAGUGAAAGUUGGGCUAUCAAUAAAAAACACAGAUUACACCUUUAGUUUCAACUGUUGGUUUAUAUCGGUCAUUAUCACGGUCAGUGCCGGAUAACGGCUGUGAGGGGCGGGCAGGUGCGCACGGGCGGACCGAGGGGGCAAAAAUGGCGGCUGCCGGAUGUCGGGUGGUGUUCAAGAGAGGCAGGAGAAAAAGAAAGAAAACGGCAGCAGCGGACAUGGCCCAGGACCCCUCUCCAGAUGGGAUUUUCAAACCACACCUCCAACAUAUCUGGGAACACCAGUUAAGCUGUCACAGCGGUGACUGAGAGUUGAGCCUCUGCUGCUGUCUGCAACUGCCAUUUUCUCCUCGCCAGCUCUCCCCGGGAUUGAAAUGUAACUGGUCUGGCUGUAGUUUCCGUUGAUUCAGAAUCCCCAGUGAUGAUGUCAUCUGCAGGUGGCCGCACCAGUCAACUACAUGCACAGCUUUGUUUCCUGUCAACAAGUUCAUAUUCAGUUACAUUACUUGCAAAGAAUUGUGAGGAUUGACAAUGCUCCUUCUUCUGAGUUGUUGGAUUAUUGCAGG